GCUCACCACUGACAGCUGCAGCUGUCAAAUGCGGCAAGACGGACUUCCUCUUUUCCGAUACGUUCGCGGUCGUGUAAAUUUGUGUUAAAAAUCACAAAAUUAAAUCUUAGCCAUGGUGCGUAUGAACGUAUUGGCCGAUGCCCUGAAGUGCAUCAACAAUGCCGAGAAGCGCGGCAAGCGUCAGGUGCUGUUGCGUCCCUGCUCCAAAGUCAUCAUCAAGUUCCUCACUGUGAUGAUGAAGCACGGAUACAUUGGCGAAUUCGAAAUUGUUGAUGAUCAUCGUUCCGGCAAGAUCGUGGUCAAUCUGACCGGACGCCUCAACAAAUGUGGCGUCAUCUCGCCGCGCUUCGAUGUCCCCAUCAAUGACAUCGAGAAAUGGACCAACAAUCUGCUGCCGUCGCGUCAGUUUGGCUAUGUCGUGUUGACCACAUCCGGUGGCAUUAUGGAUCACGAAGAGGCCAGGAGAAAACAUCUGGGAGGCAAAAUCCUUGGGUUCUUCUUCUAAAUUGUCUCUUCUGGAGCAAGUAGGACGAGCCAGGAAGAUCUUAAAAGUUAUUUUGUGUGUGUGGGGAGUUUUACAUAUGUAAAAAUUGUUUUAUUUCCCCGUCGCGAAAAAUAAAUAAACUAAAAACAAAACACCAUCAUCGCUCAUUCAAAGACAGCAAAGAAUGAAACAAAACAAGAAAACGCGAAAUAAAAUGAUUAAUACAUAAUUUUUAA